AUGCGACUGUCGCCUUUGCACCGUCUUAGCUUAAUACCAAAAACGAUAACGCUAAGGCAUAAACCUCAAUUCAACAGUUUUCCCCGCUACGAUGAUGGAUAUGACAACGGUCGCGGCGGAUACGAUAGUGGUCGCGGUGGAUACGAUAGUGGUCGCGGCGGUUACGAUAGUGGUCGCGAUGGACGUGACAACGGUCGCGGCGGAUAUGAUGUAAAGAAGAAAAUACAAGAGGAGGUCGAUCCUCUGUUCAGAGAUAACCCGAAUAGAAUACUGCAGCCCGAUGACGCGAACAAAACACUUGAUUAUCUUGAAGCGGUCAUCAAAGAAGCCUCGCAUGUACGCGGUCUAAUGAAUCAAUAUGGUAUCAUGACUGAAUACGAGAUUCAUAGUCAACUCUACCAUAAAGGUGGAGCAAGUGAAUACAGAGAGCGGUCAGUGAACUAUUACCGUAAAAAAUUUGAGGACAUUUUUGCCGAAUUUUCUGUAAAAUCAGCAGCCGAGGCUAAAAACCAGAUGCGUAUUAAGAGCAGACUGGAAGCCAAGGCCUAUGCUUUGUAUCAUGCUGCCAAGAAAGAAGAAAAUGAGAACGUGUUAUCAUUAAAAACAUCAUCUAUUUCUUCGCACGAAAGUAACGGUUGUGGUGGAAAUGAAGGUCGGGGAGGCUAUGAAAAUCGAAUGGGUUAUAAAAAUAGAAUGAAUUAUGACAACAGAGGAGGUUAUGAAAAUCGAGGAGAAUAUGAAGGUCGAGAGGGUAUGGAAAUCGAGGGGGAUACGAAAGUCGAGGAGGAUACGAAGGUUGAGGAGGAUAUGAAGGUCGAGGAGGGUAUGAAAAUCGAGGGUAUGACUCAAAACCAUAUGAUAACAAAUAUCAAGGCAUUCUCCUCAAUCCGACGAGUGCCAAAUCAAAAUCGCAAUUCAUAUUCCUCUGAAGACAGUGACGAUGCUCCACUUGUUACGAAAAUGCAAUCGUCAAGUUCAGCUGCUCCUAAGAAGAUUUUAGACUCGGAUUGGAUUCUUCAAGCGAUGAGAAAGAGGAAGAGAGCGAGAGCGAUGAUGAACAGCCAUCGAGUAAGGCGGUAA